AUGUCGGAAGAAGACAAUAAUUGUCAAGUACGAUUACCAUUAAAAGAUAUUCCUUUUGAACUUCAACAAAAAAUUAUUGAUCUUGAUGGAAGACCUGAUCUUAACCUUUAUAAAGUCUUAGCAAAUAAUCCAACGCUUCUUCGAUCUUGGAUUGAUUUUGCUUAUUCAUUGCGACGUAAUUGUACAACAUCACGGCAACUUCGUGAAUUAAUGAUUCUUCGAAGUGCCCAACUUUUUAAUUCACAAUAUGAAUGGUUUCAACAUGAACAAAUGGCAAAACAAUGUGGUAUAUCAAUAGAAAAGAUUGAUUCAAUAAAAGAAUGGCAAAAAAGCUCUCUUUUUGAUGAAAAAGAAAAAGUGGUACUUGAAUUAAUGGAAUCAUUAAUUCAAAAUGGAGGUACGAUCAGUGAAGAAUUGGAUAAAGAAUUAAAAAAAUAUUUUACAGAAGCUGAAUAUUUAGAAUUAAUUUUGACAGGAAGUUUCUAUAUUAUGGUACCAACAGUGUUAAAAGCAUUACAAAUUCCAAUUGAAAACUAA